GACCCGCCUCGCGCUAACAGGCCCGAGGCAUGGCUGUUAGGCGCAACGAGCCCUCAAUUCUGCCUCCAGGUCUCUGGGAAUGAAGAAGUUGAUCUGAGUCCACUGGACUCAGAUCAACAGACGGAGAAAUCUCAGGCCUUUAUUCGGAGUCAAGGAGAGGACCCUGAGUGCCCUCAUUGCCUGCCCUCCUGCCCACACUCCUGCCUGCUGUCCCUGACCAGUGUCAUCAUGCCUCGGGGGCAGAAGAGUAAACUCCGUGCCCGUGAGAAACGCCGUCAGGCCCAGAUUGAGACUCAGCGUCUCCAGGAUGCUCAGGCCACUGAAGCAGAGGAAGGGUCCCCUUCCUCCCCCUCUCCUUCUUUUGGUGGUAGUCCCAAGAGCUCCCCUUCUGCUGGGUCAGGUAGCAAAUCCCAGAGGUCUCGGAGGGCCCCACCCACAACCAAUACUUCUGCAGGUGUUUCAUGCACAAGGUCUGAUGAAGGUGCCAAGAACCAAGAUGAGGAAAGACCAAGCACCUCCCAGGCAUCAGCCAGCACUGAUGAUCCUCACAGAACCCCUCUAGAUCAGAAGGCAAUUUUAUUGGUGGAAUUCCUGCUGCGCAAGUAUAACAUGAGGGAUCCCAUAACAAAACAAGAUAUGAUGAGGCAGGUCAUCAAAAAGCACAAAGCACACUUCCAUGUGAUCCUCAAGAAAGCUUCUGAGCUAAUGGUGCUGGCCUUUGGAAUUGAUGUGAAGGAAGUUGAUCCUAUUAGGCACCGCUAUGUCCUUGUCAGCAAAUUGCAGCGCACCUCUGAUGACAGGCUGAGGGGUGAGAAGAUCAUGCCCAAAACCGGCCUCCUGAUGACUAUCCUCUGUGUGAUCUUCAUGAAGGCCAACUGUGCUGCGGAAGAGGAUAUCUGGGAAGUACUUAAUGUGAUGGGGAUAUAUGCUGACAAGAAGCACUACAUCUAUGGGGAUGCCAAUAAGCUCAUCACUGAAGAUUUCGUGCAAGAAAGGUACCUGGAGUACCGGCAGGUGCCCAACAGCGAUCCUCCACGCUAUGCAUUCCUGUGGGGUCCAAGAGCCCAUGCUGAAACCAGCAAGAUGAAAGUCCUGGAAUUUUUGGCCAAGCUUCAUGAUACCGUCCCUAGUGCCUUCCCAGCCUGGUAUGAAGAAGCUUUGCGAGAUGAGGAAGAGAGAGCCCGAGCCAGAUUUGCAUCUUUGCUUCGUAUUGGUACCACGGCUAAUGUGCCUUCCGGGGUCAAUCUUGGCAGCUUGUCCCAGCUGUAGUGAAAUUUGAAGCACCUUCCUCACUUUGUGUUUGAAGUAUUGUGAAGGCUUAGGUGAAGGGAUUACAUUAAUAACUAGUAGAUUCAUCUUUUGUUGUUGAAAGUUUUCAAAUGUUUCUUUUAAAAAAAGUUUAAAGAACUUCAGAAUCUAAGUGUAUGAAUGAUAUUGGUUACAUAUUUAAUGCUGUUUCUGAGGUUUAAGAGUAAGAGUUUUGCAAUUUUAUAAAAUAAAUUUAGUAACUUUCCAUCUUAUUUAGUGAUCUGGAACAAGAAAACAUGGCAUUGGAAUAGGCAUUUCCUUAGAAACGUGAAAGAAAUUAGCAAUAACAUAUUUGGGACCAAAAAAUAGAGAAAAAAGUGAAAGACCAAUUUUUGGUUUCCCUUAUUUCUUGCAUUCAGCUGUUCUAUAAAAUAAAAGUUAUAUA